CUAGCAGAGUGCGUAUUUUCUGCGUGUUUGAGUUGGAUAUCUUAGUUACUAAUUUCUGGGCAAAAGUAUAGAAUAGGACCAGUGGCGUACUUACGUGUUUCGUGUAGGAAUGUUGUCUCGCAUGCCACGAGGUAAACUGGAACAAAACAAUGUGUAUCAGCUGUCUGUGUUUCUGUAUUAUGUCUAAUAAGCGCAUAGUGUAAACGCAGUUAACUACUCCAGUACUCCUGUAUAUAUCUAUGUACUUCUCUCCCGCUGAUUCGAAAGACGCAUAGCAGAAAGAUGACGUGAACUGUUCCUCGGAACGUUCACGCUUUAAAUGAUGGCAGCACCAGAAAAACAUCAAAAUUCUUUCUGUGGUGCAACCUCUGUCAAACAAGAGCCAAUGGAAGCUGGCCCAUUGGCAUCUCCUGAGCUAGAGUUCGAGUACAUAUCUGUUCAAGAAGAAAACUCGGUACUUAAACAUGAAGUGGAGUCAACAAAUAGUGGCAGUGAACCAGAAAGUGCUGUUCCUGUUGCCAUGGAGAAUGACAGGAGUACUGAUGACAGCGGUGAUUUGGUUACCAACAUUUCACCAGCUGCAGGAAAAGACGGCAAUAUUCAAUGUACCAACAAGCAGGAUGCAUUCUGUGGAAGGGAAAGUGAUACAGGGUGUCUUGUGCACAAGUGUGACGUCUGCAAGAAGGUGUUUGCACAGUUGGAGGACCUGAAGAAGCAUUCACGCAUGAAGAGAUGUAAACUACUUCAUUUGUGCAGUGUGUGUCACAAGACGUUCACAAGGAGUAGUAGUUUGAAGAUGCAUUUCCAUGUGCACACAGGUGAACGCCCAUACACUUGUUCCAUUUGCAGCAAGACAUUCACAAACAGUGGCACACUAUUCCAGCAUUCACGAUUGCACACUGGCGAACGUCCGUACGUGUGUGAGAUUUGCAACAAGACAUUCACACAAAUCUCUCACCUGAAGCAGCAUGCAGCUGUGCACACCAUUGAACACUCAUACACCUGUGAUAUUUGCAACAAGACGUUCACAAGAAGUAGUCAUCUUAAGCUGCAUUUGCAGUUGCACACUGGUGAACGUCCAUACAUCUGUCUCAUUUGCAACAAGACAUUCACACAAAGUAAUCACCUCAAACAGCAUUCACAGGUGCACUCCGGUGAAUCUGCAUAUAGCUGUGGCAUUUGCGACAAGACGUUCACACAAAAUAGUCACCUUAAUCGGCAUUUGAAGCUGCACACUGGUGAACGCCCAUAUAUCUGUGGCGUUUGCAGCAAGACAUUCACACAAAGUUAUCAUCUGAAGCGGCACUCACAGAUGCACACUCACAAGGUACCCUAAAGUUAUCGUAUGUAUCCUAAGAGAUUCAGGAGCAUCAGAAACUUGAAGGAACACUCAUGGCAGUCUCAUCUAAGGACACCUUAAACACUUCAGUUUUCAGACUAAGGAACGCUCAUAUAAUUUUGAUGCAAUUCCAUAGAGAUAUGCACUGCACCCUAAACUGGAGAAAAAUGCAAAGGACAUGUCAAAACCAUCUGAAAAAUACAUUUGUAACUGCACAAUAGUGAAUACUGUUGAUAAUACCAUUAUAUCAUAAGAAACUGAAUACCUGAAACUUCAUAAAAAAAACCUGUAUGGUAUCUCACAUAUACUGUAAUUCAUGUCUGUCGGUCUAUAGGUUCAUGAUUGGUAGUGAUAAAGUUUUCAUUAUCACAUGUAAAAUAUAGUGUUCCAUAAUUAA